AUGAAUUCCAUUUUACAUACGUGCACCCAUUCCAACGACAACACGCUAUCCAGAAUGACCGAGGACCAGAUGUUCGCCGCUAUCUUCAAUUAUAUAGAUCACUUGUUCGACAUCAUUAAGCCUAAAGAAGUAUUUUAUAUGGCUAUUGACGGUGUGGCCCCAAGAGCUAAAAUGAACCAGCAAAGAGCUAGAAGAUUCAGGACUGCUUACGAAGCCGAGGAGAACUUGAAGAAGGCAAUCAAAGAAGGCGCGCAGAUUCCAAAGGAAGAUCCCUUCGAUUCCAACGCCAUCACUCCGGGAACUGAGUUCAUGGCCAAAUUGACCGAAAAUUUGAAGUACUUUGUCCACAAGAAAAUGUCCGAGGAUGUUAGAUGGAGUAACGUUAAAAUCAUUUUGUCUGGCCAUGAAGUGCCAGGAGAAGGUGAGCACAAAAUCAUGAAUUUCAUUAGAACUAUGAAAUCGCAAGAAAACUAUAACCCAAACUUGAGGCAUUGUGUCUACGGGUUAGACGCUGACUUGAUCAUGUUGGGUUUGGUAACUCACGAUACUCAUUUCUCUUUACUUAGAGAGGAGGUCACAUUUGGACCUAGCUCUCAAAGCAAAAGUGGAGACGUCCACGACCAAAAGUUUUUCUUAUUGCAUUUGUCCUUAUUGCGUGAGUAUAUGGAGUUGGAGUUCGCCGACUUGGAGACAGAAAUCUCCUUUGAGUACGAUUUCGAGAGAAUUCUUGAUGAUUUCAUCUUGAUUAUGUAUGUUAUUGGUAACGAUUUCUUGCCUCAUUUGCCCGACUUGCAUAUCCGCAGUGGUGCAUUCCCCUUGUUAAUAGGUGCUUUCAAGCAAAGCAUAAGACACUUAGAUGGCUAUUUGAACGAAGGAGGUAAAAUCAAUCUUCAGAGAUUGGGUGUGUGGCUCGACUACUUGUCCGAGUUUGAGUUAGAGAACUUUGAGAGAAAGAGCGUGGACAUUGACUGGUUCAACAAGAGACUAGAAGAUAUCUCUCUUACUGGUGAAAAGAAGAGACAACGUACGGGCAAGCUUCUCAUGCUCAAGGACGAAAAAAAAUUGGUUGGAAUGAUCCAACCAUGGUUGCUAAAACUCGGUGUGAAACCAGUCAACGAGCUUGUUGAAUUGGCCAACACUGACCAAAUGCCCAACCUCAGCUUACCAACCGAUGUGGUUGAACACCACUUGGAAUUUUUGAAAAAAUUUGCCUUGGAAGCAAAUAUUCUUAUAAUUCAUUCGCGUUCUCAGAACACUUAUGAAGCUAUGAUCGAUGUCGAUGGUCUUUCGCCUUACGAAACAGCCGAGGAAUACGAAGCGAGAGUCACUGAUUUGAGAAAGAUUGUGAAAAAAUAUCAAUCCUCAAAUCUUUUCGCUACCGAAGAGCUCAUGAAAGACACGAAGGACUUGUACGACCAGAAGUUUGUCGACUUUAAGGAUAAUUACUAUAAAGACAAGCUUGGGUUCUCGUUCCACAACACAGAAGAACUCACUGAAAUGACAAGACAUUAUGUGGAGGGCUUGCAGUGGGUUUUGUACUAUUAUUAUAAGGGAUGCCCAUCUUGGAAUUGGUAUUAUAAAUACCACUAUUCUCCUCGUAUCUCUGAUAUCUCCAUUGGACUCAAGCAUAUCUUGGGACAGACUGAUCCGGAAAUCAAGUUUGAUUUAGGUACACCGUUCAAGCCAUUCGAGCAAUUGAUGGCCGUUUUACCUGCUAGAUCUCGAAAGUUACUUCCACUGGUCUACAGACCCCUCAUGACGAAUGAGCACUCGCCUAUCAUUGACUUUUACCCUCAUGAAGUCAACAUUGAUCUCAAUGGAAAGACAGCAUCUUGGGAAGCCGUUGUGUUGCUUAGUUUUGUUGAUGAGAAGAGAUUACUUGAGGUUAUAAAGCCUGUUGAGGCCAAAUUGAGUCCUGAGGAAGCAAAGAGAAACUCUUAUGGAACCGAUAUUGUGUUUAUCUUCAACCCACAGAUCAACUCAUUGUAUCCAUCUCCAUUACCUGGUUUUUUCCAGGACUUGGAAAAUGACAAAUGUUACGAAGAAAAACUUCCUCACACUGAGGUUGAUCCAGAUUUCAAAUUCAAAUUGCCCGAAGGCGCUAAAUUGAAGACUGAAUUGUUGGCAGGGUUCCCAUCGUUGUACACCAUUCCUUUCUCCUUCAAGCUUGCGCUCCUGGAGGUAAAGGUUUUCAACUUUCCUUCUAAGUCAGAGUCUAUGAAUUUGACAUUGGAUAACAUAUGGGGCGAUCUCUCAAUUGAGCAAUUCACUAAAAAAUUCAUGGGAAAGAUUGUCUAUACCAAUUGGCCAUUUCUCCAAGAAUCCAGGGUCACUCAGGUGUGGAAUUCCCAAUACAAGUUUGAAUCUGUUCUCAAUGGCACCACCAGAAGCAUUGUUUCGACUGAAUUGACUAGUGAGGAAAGACAGAUCUUUGCUCAAAAUAACAGAGAUUUGAAGUUCACUUAUGAGAAAACCAAGGCCGUUUUUAUUGGAAAAAUUGAGUGCCUUGUUUUCGUUCAACAUGUGACAGGUUUGUUCAGGAGCAACAAGGGUGCCUACAUCAAGGCUUUUGCUAAGGAACCAGAACCUUUCCCCAUGCAAACAAUCGUUGAAAGCGUCACCAAUCAAGAUGAGAGAUUUGCAAUCAAACCUCCAAUGCCAGUUGACCAGGAGUUCCCUCUUGGUUCCCCCGUUGUCUUCAUGGGUGCAUUUGCUUAUGGUUGCCCUGCGACGGUUGUUGGAUACACCGGUGAUGACAAAUUGAACAUCCAGAUCAGCAAGAUCCAAUCUCAAUUGGAGCCUGCCAUCGGUAAGAAGAGACUCAAGAUUGAGCAAACUGAGAUUAAGUACUUACCAUCUUUCGAAGUUGCCAAGCACUUGAGAAUCACUGGUUUAUUCUUGUCAAAGAUUACUGGAUCUUUCAUGUUGAAGGACCGUAAUUCGAAACUCAACGUUGGUUUAGAUAUCAAAUUUGAUGCUCGUAGACUUAAGGUGUUGGGCUUCACUAGAAAAUCACCAAGGUUUUGGGAGUACUCUCCGUUGGCAAUUCAAUUGCUCAAAGAUUACAAAUCGAAGUUCCCUAAGAUCUUCCAAAACUUGCAAAGCAUGUGUAUGCAGAAAAAUGGCCUUCCAGACGCUAGCGAAUUAGCUUCUGAUUCUGAGAUCAAAGACUUGAUGAAGUGGUUGAAACAGAGAAAAGCAGAUAUGCAGAGGGUCUCGUUGGAAUCCGAGUCGUUGACUAGAUUCAGUAUUGCUGCCAUCGAGGACUACAUGGAAGACUUCAUUAGCAAGCCAUUGCCUCUUGCUAACAAGGAUGUCAAGGGCGUUCCUCAGAGAGCUGUGAUCAAUCCAAGUGUUUCUUAUCAAAUCUUGAGCAGCCAAAGAUUCGAGCUUGGUGACAGAAUCAUCUAUGUUCAGGAUUCAGGAAAGGUGCCUCAGCUUUCAAAGGGAACAGUGGUAGCUAUCAACACUUUGGGAACAAAGACCUCGCUCUCUGUUGUUUUUGACACACCUUUAGUGGGUGGUAACAACAUGAGUGGUAAGUUAAAGACAAACCGUGGUACUGUUGUUGAUUCUUCUCUAGUCUUGAACAUUACUGAUAGACAAUUGGUCUACCAUUCAAAUGCUUCAAAGACAAAGAAGACUAUGACUGAGGAAGAGAGAACCGCGAGAUUCAAGAAAGCUGAAGAGGUUAGAGGCAAGGCAAAGGAGACAGAGAAAAAGGAUCAAAAGUCGAGAGGAGCCAAUGAACUUUUGGCUUUGUUGCACAAGAAACCCACAGAAGAGUCCUCUGAGAACACGCAAGAUUCUACUGAUAAACCUGGAGCUGCAGAAUCUAGAAGCGAUAACACUGACGCUUCUACAACCGAUUCCUCUGCUAUCAAGCAGAUUUACGGCCAGAUUUACUCUUCUGUUAUGAAUCAAGGACACGUCCCACCUCCACCCACUUUCGCACCUCAUCCUAUUCCUGUUGUCCCUGGUAUUCCGCUUCCCCCACAAUUCAUGAAUCAACCGCCAGUCCAGCCUAUUCCAUUCCAUCCACCACCAGUUCAACGCCCGCAAUCGAGCGGCAGCCCUAGUCGUGGAGGUUUUAAAGGAGAACGUGGCAGAGGCAAUGGUCGCGGUAGAGGUAGAGGUGACUUUAGAGGAAGAGGACGCGGAAAGCCUUCGUCAAAGGAACAAGCUACUCCUUCUCCAUAG